UGACGUCACUCAGGAGGGAAUGAAUGAAGCGUCAUCCUUCAGGAGCAGCUUCUGCAGCGCGAGGCCUCACAGCACGCGCAAACACCGACUUCGGGCAGGACUAAUUAAACUCAUUCACCUCUAAAUCACAACACAUAAGCGGCGGAGCAUGUGGCGCGCCGGAGCGGUGAGUUUUGCGCUAAUCGCGUGUUUUUUUCGCGCGUCGCUGUGCGCGGAGGGGCUGGUGAAUGAAGACGUGAAGCGCACGCUGGACCUGAGCUCGCACCUCGCGAAGAUCACGGCGGAGAUCCAGCUCGCGAAUCACGGAGCCUCGCGAGUCAACGGCUUCACCCUCGCGCUGGAGGCCGAGCUCGCGCCGCACCUGGCCUUCGUCGGUGCAUCUGUGAAGGGUGAAGAAGAGGAGGAUGAAAGUCUGGAGCUGAAAGAGACAACUGUUCAUGGACAGAGUGGUAAGUUCUUCGAGGCACAGUUACCGUCGUCUCUUGCUCCGGGGGCUAAACUGCGGGUGAAGGUCGAGACGGUGUUCAGCCACGUGCUGAAGCCCUUCCCCACCCACAUCACCCAAGCCGAGAGACAGCUGGUGGUCUUCCAGGGGAACCAUUACCUGUACUCCCCGUACCCCACCCGCUCCCAGACCACCCGCGUUCGGCUGGCCUCCAAAACCGUGGAGAGCUACACCAAGCUGGGAAACCCCACCAAGAGUGACGAGAGCGUCGAGUACGGACCUUUCAAAGAUGUUCCUCCCUUCAGCCAGGAUGCCAUGAAGAUCCACUAUGAGAACAACACGCCUUUCCUCACCAUCAGCAGCAUCACUCGCACCAUCGAGGUCUCUCACUGGGGCAACAUCGCCGUGGAGGAGACCAUUGACCUGAGACACACCGGUGCUUACCUGAAGGGGCCUUUCUCCCGUUAUGACUACCAGAGGCAGUCCGACAGCGGCAUUUCAUCAGUCAAAUCUUUCAAGACCAUCCUCCCAGCCUCUGCUCAGGACGUGUAUUACCGUGAUGAGAUCGGGAACAUCUCCACAUCUCACCUCCAAGUCCUAGAUGAUUCCGUCGAGGUUGAAAUCCGUCCCCGUUUCCCUCUGUUCGGUGGCUGGAAAACACAUUACAUCAUUGGUUAUAAUCUUCCCAGCUACGAGUAUCUCUACAAUCUGGGAGAUCAGUAUGCUCUGAAAAUGCGUCUGGUGGAUCAUGUUUAUGAUGACCAAGUUAUUGACCAACUAACUGUGAAACUGAUCCUUCCUGAAGGAGCCAGAAAUAUCCACUUGGACACUCCCUACCCUAUCACCCGCAGCCAGGACGAGCUGCAUUACACUUACCUGGACACCUUCGGCAGACCUGUGCUGGUGGCCACCAAGAACAAUCUGGUGGAGCAGCACAUUCAGGACGUUGUGGUUCACUACACCUUCAAUAAGAUCCUGAUGCUGCAGGAGCCCUUGUUAGUGGUUGGAGCGUUCUACAUCCUCUUUUUCACCGUCAUCAUCUACGUGCGCCUCGACUUCUCCAUCACCAAGGAUCCGGCAGCAGAGGUGCGCAUGAAGGUGGCCUCCAUCACCGAGCAGGUCCUGACUCUGGUGAACAAGCGUCUCGGUCUGUACCGCCACAUGGACGAAGUUGUGAACCGCUACAAGCAGACCCGUGAUACCGGAGCACUGAACAGCGGCCGAAAGACCCUGGAGGCCGAGCACCGCACCCUCUCCAAUGACAUCAGUGCUUUACAAGCCCGCCUCAAAGCAGAGGGCUCCGAUCUGGCUGAAAAAGUUGGUGAGAUACAGAAGUUAGAUAACCAGCUGAAGGAUCUGGUGUGCCGAUCCUGUCAGGAGGCCGAACGCCUGGUGGCUGGAAAAGUGAAGAAAGAUGCCUACAUCGACUCUGAUAAAACCCUGUCGGGCAAGAGGCAGGAGCUGGUCAGCCGCAUCGACAGCCUUCUGGACGCCUUGUAAAUCAAACAUCAGAUUGUCCAGUCUUCAGCCGGGCCAUGAAACAGCCACCGCCCUCAGAAACAGUCACCCGCACUCAGACUGGACUGACAGAUCGAUGGUGUACACGCAAACAGUAUGCAUCAUUCUGUGAGCAUCGUGCUUGUAGGGCGAGAAAGUGAUGCUCGCAGGAUGUGCGUCUUGUUUUGUGUUGCUGAAUGUGUGUGAUUUGGAAGAGGGUUUUGUUUGUUUGUGUGUGUGUACCCAGAUGCAGAACGUUUUUUUUUUUUUUUUUACAUUUAACAUUUCUGAAUGUCAAAUGCAGUCUUCAUUCACUCAAUCCUGAAGAAUGGUUCCUUUUAAUACUCAGUUGCAGUUUUGGAGUCGGGUUUGAAUUAAAAUUAGCUCACCUAAAAAAAAACAAAAAAAAAAAAACCUUUGCACUUAUUGUUUCCAAAAAAAAUAAGAUUAGAGAAUGAUCUGCCGUUUCCUAAAACGUAAGUCUGCAACAGCAUAUGCUGAAACAGUUGCCACUGAUAUGUUCAGUUUUCUAAUGGGGUUUUAUUUCUCACGUUUUUUUUUUUUUUAUGAUUUUCAUAUUUUGUAAGUGAUUCAUUUCAUAUCUACAGUGAAUGAUAUUGAGUUUUGUAUGCCAAGGAUAAAUGUGACCGAUUUCGCUGGUAAAUCAUUUUCAGUCCGUGAAUAAAUAAGGUGUGUGAAACCAGA